AUGCCUCUAUCCCGUCCCCUCCUAUUUUAUGGCCAACCCCAUUCUGCUAUUUGGAUAUUGAGUAAUGGAGGGAUUGGUUUUGAACAGUCGGCACGUCAAUACAGAGCAAAUAUAUUACCUAGCAAUGUUAGAAUAAUUGCUCCCUUUUGGAAUAGAAAUGAUUUGAGAGUUGGGGGCAAAAUAUUUUAUCGAGAAGUUACGGGAGGCCGUGUACUCGACCGUGGUCAAAGCGAAAUACGUUACCAAUACGAACUUGAAGUUAAAGUACACACUGCAGUGCUCGUUACAUUUGAUAAAAUGCAGCCUGUGGGGACUGAUCCUUUACCUGAUGAAAACACCAACACUUUCCAAUUAGCCCUCUUCUCCACAAGCAAUGGAACUUUUGCUAAUUUUAUUUACAGCAAUAUUGGAUGGACACAAGGGGCAGAAGCCGGUUUUAAUGCUGGGGAUGGAAACAAUUUCUUUGCCCUUCCAACCUCUGGCACUGGAAAUAUUAUGUAUUUGGAGGAUUAUGGAAAUACUGGCAUCCCAGGAGAAUGGAUGUUUAUUUUGGGAGAUGAAAGAAUUCAACGAUGCAAGGCUGGAAUUAAGGGGGAUACUUGUGAUGAAGCUUGCAAAGCUGGCGAAUUUGGUCCAGAUUGUGUCCGUUGCUGUCAUUGUGCAGAGGGUACUUGUCAUGAGGCUACUGGUGAAUGUAAGAAGAGCGAAUGUUCACAGUGCUGGACAGGAAUUGCUUGUCAACAAAAACAAUCCCGUUGUUCAAACAAAGGCUCAAAAUGUGCCCAAAAUGCUCUACAAAUGACAGAUUAUAAUAAAUGUGGAGAACCUCAAUAUCGUUGCGAGUGUUUGGCAGGCUUUACAGGGGAUCCAUACACUGAAUGUUCAGAUGUGGAUGAAUGUACUCGACAACCAAGCGUUUGCCACCAAUUAGCACAGUGUUCAAAUACACCGGGAAGAUUUUUCUGUCAAUGUCCUGAAGGGUUUCAAGGCGAUGGCAUUUCUGAAUGUGUUGCUUCUUUCCUCUAUCCUUUUGACCAAUCACAUUUACUUCCUUCAAAUGAAAAGGAUGGAAGAGUUAUGGAAUGGAGAUUAAGUCAUCCUCUUCGAAUAUUUGGACGUGACAGGGACACUAUUUGGCUGACAAAUAAUGGAUUGAUUUUGGUGAAGGGGGCCAAGAAUGUUCCUUCUACUGGGGAUGAACAACACAGACUUGAUGGGAUGGAUGUUCAAGGGGUUGCCCCACUCUUUGUGCCCAUCGAUAUGACUUCAAACGGAAAAAUUCUAGUUGAAGAAACAACGGAUCCUCGAAUAUUAGGCAAAGCAGCCCAAUUAAUUAAUACACAAUUGGGUGCUUCUUCCGAACAACAACCUCGUUUUGUAGCAACACACGCCUUAUUAGUAACAUAUUCAAACGUUAGUAUAGGCAUGACUAAAACAACAAAAGAGGCUACAAAUACCUUCCAAGCACUAUUAAUUGGUGGAAAAGACAGGCAAAAAAGAGGGGAAAGUUCUACUGUUACUUUUGUUCAGUUUCUUUAUCGUGAUUUACAUUGGGAGGGAGAAGAGGCUGAAGCUGGAAUUAUUUCCCAAGGAAUUUGGCUCUAUAGAAUAGACGAGUUGGUCCCUUCAGCCUGUUUAAGACCAGAAUUACAACCUCCCUAUUGUGACACACUCUCUGCAAGUCUCUCAGGGCCGUCCAAACCUAUAGAAAAUUCUAUAGCAUCAGGACAACCAAAUACUUCCCCAACUCCUCCAGAAGAGAAAGAAAAAAUUAAAAAUGAGGAGGAAGAAGAGGAGGAACAUUUUGACAAAGGGAGAGAACAACAGCAACACCAAAAUUUGCCUGAUUUUUCAAGGGAAGAGCAAAGCGGUGAAGAGAAACAAUUUCAAUUACAACCUUCACCAACAAUUUUGCCCAAUAAAAAACCAGCAAUUGUGCAAAUUCAAAGUAGAGAGUUUGAAAUGCCCCCAGACGCAUUUGAAGAUUUUAAUAUUCGAACAACAAUAAAAACAACUACAACAACAAACAUUCCCACAAACAUCCCAACAUUUAAUAAAAAUAACGAUAAAAACAAAUGGUUGUCAUCGCAACAACAAGAAAAACAUGAAGAGGAGAGAGAAGAAGAAAAUGAGGGAGAACAACAUGUAAUUAUACCAGAAUUAGUCAAUUUACAAACAAAACAGACAACAACAACAAAAACAUUACAACAAACAACACCUCAACAACAAACAUUAAAAAUCUCCAUCAAAAAUUGUUUUUGA